UUGUUAAAGUUUGUGAAUUGUGAAAUUAUAUGAUUUGUGUUGUUUCUGUUUCUGUUUCGUUUUGUUUUGUUAAAUUUUAUUAAGUAUCAUGUCCGCCAUAGAAAAACUUUCUAUUCAAGGAAUAAGAAGUUUUGGAGCAAAUAGCGAAGACGUUCAGUUGAUAUGCUUCCAAUCACCUGUUACUCUUAUACUUGGAGAAAAUGGUUGCGGAAAGACCACAAUCAUUGAAUGUUUGAAAUAUGCUCUCACUGGAGAUCCACCGCCAGGUAGUGAUCGUGGAAAGAAUUUUGUCCAUGAUCCAAAGAUUUUUAGUUUGAUGGAUGCUAUGGGUCAAAUCAAAUUACAAGCACGUAAUAUACGUGGGGAACGUAUAUCAGUUUGCCGCUCAAUGAAAAUUACAAAUCGAAGAGGAAAACCUGUUUUCGAAACGCUUGAUUCUACAAUGAAUUUUCUUGGUGCUGGUCGCAAAGAAAAUCUGCAUUCUGCAGAUUCUAUUAGUAAACGGUGCAUUGAUGUAGAUGUGGGCAUGUGCCAGUUUAUGGGUGUAUCCAAAGCGAUAAUUAAUAAUGUACUGUUUUGCCAUCAAGAAGAAUCUAGUUGGCCCCUUGAUGAAGCAAAAAAAUUGAAGGAGAAGUUCGAUGCCAUUUUUGGAAUAACUGAAUACAACAAAGCAAUAGAAAAGUUUAUUAGUAUGCGUAAAACACAAAUGGAGGAUUUAAAAGUCAAUGAAGCGAAUUUACGCUAUCUAGAACAUCUUAAGCAAGAAAUGGAAAAUAAAAUGAUGGCCCUUAAAAAAGCCGAGGAGAAAUGUAUUGAUGUUAAGCAACAAUGCACUACUUGUGAUGAAGAGGUUAAACCCAUUGAGCAACGUUUAAACGAAAUUCGUAAAGUCGAAUACGAUGUUGCAAAGUAUCAGUCACUUAAAGUAGAAAUUCAGACAAAGCACAAAAAUUGCUGUGAACAAAUUGGGAAUUUAACUAAAAAAAUAAAGGUUAUCUUUGAAGGCGACAUAGAUGAUAUAGAAAGAGAAAUGAAAUUAUUCGAUAAAAAAAUGAUGGAUAAAAAUACUGAACGAAGGGAUUUAGAACGUAAUUUAAAUGAACUUAAGCAAAAAGAUAAACACUUGCAAACUAAAUUCAUUGAUUUGGAAAAAAAACGUUGCAUGUUAAUACAGCAACGCCAAAAGGAACAAGAGGGCAUAUCUAAACGUGCUAAUAAAAUGAAGGAUCUAUGUAAUGAACUAGCAAUUCCUUUAAAUACAGACUUAGAAGAAUAUAUUGAAUGUGUGCCUGAUGUGCUAGAAAAAAUAGAAAAUAACUUACUUGAUCAACAGCGACAUAUUACUGAAACAACAAAUAAACACGAUACCGAAGAUCAAAAACUUCAAACUAAUAUAGACACAAUGCGUGUUGAUCUUACUAAACUAGAGGAGACUGCAGUUACAAUGAAGAAACAAUUGAUGCAGCAUGAAACAGAAAAACGUGAUUCUGAACGCAAAAUUGAGGAAAUCGAAGUUUCAGCAACUCGUUUAAAACAAAUCACUUCUGAAGUUGAUCGUUUAACUGAAUCCUACAAAAGUACCUGUAAAAAUCAUAAUCAAGAUGAAUUAAAAGCAAAAAUUGCAAAUGGAAAGUUAAAAGCAACUAAACUUCAAGGAAUGUUUUCAAAAAUAGAUGAGCAACUAACUUUUCUUAAUUCCAUUUCGAAUGUAAUGGCAGAAAUUACUAUUAAAGAAAAGGAGUUGGAAAAAAGAGAACAAGAAGUACGACGUGUAAAAAAUAAACAUGUUGAAAAUUUUAAAAAAGUAUUUAAUAGAUCUAUAGAAUCUAAUUUUCGGCGAUCUUUGCAACAAGUAUACGAAAAUUUACGUCAGGAUAUAAAAGAUUUAAAUGAAAAAUGUAAUAAUUUGAAGUUAAAAGAUCAAUCAUUUGAAAUUGAACGAAAAAAUGUCAAGGAAGAAUUAGGGCGAUUUGAAAAAGAACUUGAGGAAAAUAAAGAAAUUAUAUAUGAAAAGUGUUAUGCUACACCUUUUGAGGAAUUAUUGGCUAAAUGCAAAGAAAAUGUCAACAAAAACCAAUUAGAAUUGGGUUCCUUAAAAUCAGCUGAAGCAAUGUACAAAAGAUAUAUCGAAAAAAUAUCAGAAAAUCCAUGUUGUCCAUUAUGUCACAAAGAUAUGUCCAAUAACGAGACUAUGGACCUUACUACUGAAUUAUCUGAUGAAAUACUACAUUUGCCAGAUAAUAUAAGACGAGCGGAAAAGAUUUUGAAAGAAAAUCAGUUAAAAUACGAAAACUUACUGCAGUUAAAGCCUGUCAUUGAAAAGGUCGCAAAGCUAGAAAAGGAUAUACCUAAACGCAAGAAACAGUUAAAUGAUAUUAAAGAUAAAUUGGCAGCAUGUGCUAUUGAAUUAGAUACUUUACAACAGCAAAUUGCAGAACCAACUGCAAAAAUGGAUUUGGCUAACUCAAUGUUAAGUGACAUGACUAUUUUGGAUGAAGCUAUUAAGGAUGUUGCACGUUUUAAAGAUGAACUACAUAAAUUAAAGACUAAAUUACCGAGUGACUAUAAUCCAGAUGAUACUGUUUCUAUAGAAAAUCUUCAAUUAGAAAAAACUACACUCUCGGCAGAAUUGGAAAAUGAACGAAAAAGUAUAGAAAAUAUGCAACAUUUAUACGAAAAAGUAAUGGAAUCUUUGAAUACCCUUCGCGAAAAAAAGAAUACGUUAAAAGACGAACAGAUAAAAUUACAGGAAGGUGUACAGUCUUUGCCACAAUUAAAAGAUAGACAAAUUGAACUUGUUAAUCUAGUUGAAACGGUUAAAAUCGAAUUACAACAAUCACAAGCGAAAGUUAAUCCUUUGGGACAGAAGCUUAAAACUGCUAUAGUUGAAAAAGCUAAAUGCAAAGAAUUGAAUCGGAAAAAGUUGCAACAACUACAGUCAAAGUUGGAAAAGCAUAAAAAUCUGAAUCAGGAUAUAAAAAGGUUAAAUAAUGAAUUGCUUGAAUUUGCGGAAAUGAAUCUUGUUGAAAAAAUUGAUUCAUUGAAGGAUUCCAUCAAAUCUAAUAAAGAAGAUAUUGCAACAAAGAGUCAACAAAUUAAAAACGCUAUGGAAUCAUUGGAAGCUCUUAAGACAGAACUUUUACAACAGGAAACUCUAGAACGUGACUUAAAAGACAAUAAGGAGCUUAAAUUAUUACAACAGAAAGAGAAAGAAUUAAAUGAGAAAAGUGAAAAACUUGCUAGAGAUUUGGGAGAACUGGAUUUUAACAGUGUAUCUCGCGAAAAGAAUAAACUUAUUAAAAAGCGAGAAGAUGCAGCUGUAAGAAAAGGAGAACUUCUUGGGCAAAUUGGUGAAAUCAAUAAUCAAAUUAAUAAAAUAAAAAAAGAAAUUGAAGAGCCAAAAUAUAAGGAUUCAUUUGUUAAUUAUCGCAAAGCAUACUAUGCAGUUGAAGUUACAAAGGCCCUGAUCCAAGAUUUGGGACAAUAUCGUGUUUCAUUGGAUUGGGCUCUUAUGCAAUUUCAUUUCGAAAAAAUGGAAAAAAUAAAUCAAUUAAUACGUGAAUAUUGGAGACUCAUCUAUAGAGGCAAUGAUAUUGAUUACAUACAAAUAAAAACAGAUGAAAUCUCUUCUGAUGCUUCAGCGGAUCGGCGACGUAGCUAUACUUAUAGCGUAGUGCAGUCAAAAAAUAGUAAUGAAAUUGAAAUGCGUGGACGUUGUAGUGCGGGUCAACGUGUGCUUGCUUCAUUGAUUAUCCGUAUGGCUUUAGCUGAGACUUUUAGUAGUAACUGCGGUGUGUUAGCAUUAGACGAACCUACAACAAAUUUGGAUCGUUUUAAUAUUGAUUCAUUAUGCCUUGCACUUAAUCGAAUUGUAGAAGAGCGCCAAGCUCAGUCUAAUUUUAUGUUGAUUAUAAUCACGCAUGAUGAGAAUUUUAUUUCCGCAUUGGGAAAAAUAGAUAGUUAUCAUCGAGUUUCUCGUAACCAUGAAUGUAAAUCUGAAAUACGUAAAGUUAAUAUAGCUUAAAGUGCAAUUAAGAAAAUAGUUGUGUUACAAUUGUACAAUCACAUUGCCGUUAAAAUUGUUUUUUUAUUA